AUGAUGGGGGUGCAGAUAUGUCAAGGAAUGAUGAGUGAGAUUCUGUUCGUUUUUCCUCAGCCACACUUCUCAUAUGUGAUGAAUACGAACAGCAGACUCCACACUGAUUCUAACAUAAGGAAUACCAUUUUCACUGAAAUUGGCAUUGGAAUCUUAGCCAACAGCCUCCUACUUCUCUUCAACAUCUUCAAGUUAAUUUGUGGGCAGAGGUCCAGACUCACUGACCUGCCCAUUGGUCUCUUGUCCCUAAUCAACAUACUUAUGCUACUGAUGGUGGCAUUCAUAGCCACAGACAUUUUUAUUUCUUGGAAGGGGUGGGAUGACAUCAUAUGUAAAUUCCUUGUCUACCUGUACAGAAGUUUUAGAGGUCUCUCUCUUUGUACCACCUGCCUGUUGAGUGUCCUGCAGGCCAUCAUCCUCAGUCCCAGAAGCUCCUGUUUAGCAAAGUUCAAACAUAAGCCUCCCCAUCACAUCUCCUGUGCCAUUCUCUCCCUGAGUGUCCUCUACAUGUUCAUUAGCAGUCACCUCUUAGUAUCCAUCAUUGCCACCCCAAAUUUGACCACGAAUGAAUUUAUGUAUGUUUCCGAGUCCUGCUCUAUUCUACCCAUGAGUUACCUCAUGCAAUGCAUGUUUUCUACACUGCUGGCCAUCAGGGAUGUCUUUCUUAUUAGUCUCAUGGUCCUCUCGACAUGGUACAUGGUGGCUCUCUUGUGUAGGCACAGGAAACAGACCCGGCAUCUUCAGGGUACCAGCCUUUCCCCAAAAGCAUCCCCAGAACAAAGGGCCACCCGUUCCAUCCUGAUGCUCAUGAGCUUAUUUGUUCUGAUGUCUGUCUUUGACAGCAUUGUCUCCAGCUCAACAACUAUGUAUCUGAAUGAUCCAAUAUCUUAUUCUAUUCAACUAUUUAUGGCGCACAUCUAUGCCACAGUAAGCCCUUUUGUGUUUAUUGUCACUGAAAAACAUAUAGUUAACUCUUUGAGGUCCAUGUGUGUGAAGGUGAUGAAUGUCUGA